AUGCGUGUUGACGAUGCUGUGAUUGAUGAACCUGAGCACAGUGAACACAAAGAGAAGUGUAUGGUUGCCAUUCGGAAUUGUGAAGCUUCCUUUACCUCCUAUGCUGGAAGUGUACGUUCCAUCAAAGCUGUGGUGGAUCCUGCGAAGCCCAAGAACAAGCCCAAGAGCAAAGCCAAAGCUGUUCCUUCGCCACCACAUGCUCAUGAAGUAUCUCCUGAAGCGUGA